AUGAGUGUGUUGAAUAUAGAAGGCAAAUAUCCGCAGAAAGACUCUGCGAUUGACUGGGAUCCAAUAGUACCACUAUACAGGAGAGUUAGAAGCGGCCAGCUUGACGGAAGAGCCUACAGUCAAGUCCCCGUGCUAGAGAAGCGCACGCACGCUAUCACACUAAACAUACUCGAAAGCUACUUCUCACAGCUAUGUCAGCGUGCCGGUAGCGACUUCCUUGAAGCAUAUGCCUUCAAGUUUCAGGCUGUUUUACCUCCGGCGACAGCGGGUGCUAAGAUAAAAGCGACAAAAAGUGCAAAUUGUGCGGAGGAGUUUAAACCAAUGAAUUCAAACAGAUAG